AUCAAUUCGAUUUCGAGGAGUGACUGAUCGAUCACCCAGGUGAUCUCUUAACGUCGAACAUCUCGGAAUGCGAGUAGCUCGCCGAGUCGCCGACGCUCAGAUCUCGCGAGUGUCACGCACCAGCGGAUUUAAUGGUUUGCGAUUUUGCGUCGUAGUUAUCGUUUAAAACGCUUGCCGUGCGGGAUGAGAGCGAGGAUCUCGUUUCCACGAGGGGCGAUCGCGCUGCGUGACGACCCACUGUGCGGAACAGCAGGCUGAGUUUCGGCAGCUCCCAGCUCGGCGGGGACCAUGGCGAUUGUUCGGUCGGACAGCAGCGUGAACGCGAAAACGUGACCAACUCGCGGAUGAGGAAAACGUCGAUCGCGACGGUGGCUACCCGUAUCGUAAUGAGAUCGAGCGAGAGGUCUGAUCGCGCGUGAGGAGGCAUCACACGAGUAAUCGCGAAGCGACAGAGAACCGCCGAACGGGGUGAUAACGAUGGGUUCCUUGCCGAAUCUUCACGAGCUGUCCAAGGACAAGCUGGGGAGCCCGGUGUUCAAACCAGCACCACUCGGCGGUCUUGGUCCGGCGCGAUUGCCGCCGCAGCAACCGCCGCUGGCGCACAGUCAUAAACGCGCGAGAAGCAGCGGGCAUCAUCAUUCUACCUUGAGCGACAACGAUGCCAUGUUGGAGCACAUGGCGGCGUACUCGCCAAUCUCCUGCCGGUCGACGCGCACCUCGGCGCUGUCGUGGCGGCGUCGCGACUCCAUGAACUCGUCAGCGGGCGCGUCGUCGGUGCGCCGACUGAUCGCGGCGGUCCGUGCGGCCCCGUCCGGGCCCAGGCCACCACGUAAGGUCGUGCUGCGCCACAGCGCCCUUCUACUCGGCCACGCGAGCUGCUCGGCCGCCACGCUGCCCAUUUUCCCGCUGCAGGCGGGCUUGGGCGCGUUCGAGCCUCGUAUGGGCCCGGUGCUCCUCGCCCAUCUCUACAUGAUGGCAGCCGUCACCAGCUGCUUCGCGCCCAUCGUCGUGCAACGGCUCGGCACGAAUCUCGCCAUCAUCGCGAGCCACGUGGUCACUGCUAUCUUCGUCGGCGUGCACCUGUAUCCCAAAUGGUACAUACUCGCGCCCAGCUACGUCAUGCUGGGCUGCUGCGCGAGCUCGAGCUUCCUGGCGAGGACAUCGCACAUUAACGUGUCCGCGAGCAGUCUGGCACUGGUUUGCGUCGAUCCCGAAGAUCCCGACGAGACGCGACGCGAAUGCCUGCUGAGAAGACUCAACCGGGGAAUCAAGCUGGCCGAAGACAUCGGCCUCGCCAUCGGUUGCCUCAUCGCUGCAAUUCUCGUCAGGUUAACGGACCUGACGUCUAGCGUAGUGAACAACGACGUUUGCGGAGCCGAGUACUGUUCGGAGGAGAUGUACUUUUACAACGAAUCCCUCUACGUGCCGACCAUGACGCCGGGCACCUCGAGAAUCCUCGUCAGCAUUUGGCUCGGCUUGGCGGUGCUCGGUCUAGGUAUAUCCUGCGCGUUCCUCGAUUCUAGGGUGCAAGAGCCUCGGACGAAUCACGACCGCACCAGCGUUAAGGACAUCCUCAAGUCGGUGAAGUGCGCGUUUCAGGAUCCAAAGCUCAGACUCGCGACGCCUCUCACGAUCUUCAUCGGGCUGGAACAGGGCUUCAUUUAUGCCGAUUUUACAGAGGCAUACGUGGUAUGCGCCUUAGGCGGCGCCGGAGCAGUGGCCUUAAGCUUCCUGAGCUUGGCUCUGUUGCAAGCUCUGGCCGCUGCGACGCUGUCGAUGCUCCUGAGGCACAUUAAAAGGUACUUUGUCGUGGUCGUGGGUUUCGCUUUCCACGCCUGCCUUCUGCUGGUUCUGGUAACCUGGAGACCGACGGGAGACGAUCCGGCUCUCUUCCACGUCAUAUCAGCUGCCUGGGGAGUUUGUAACUCCAUCUGGGAAACUUUAAUAUACACGCUGGUGAUGGGCUUGUAUCCGAACGCGUGGCAGGGACCGCUGUCGACGUCGCUCUUCUGGCGCUGGCUCGGCUUGGCCCUCGCGCUCAGUCUGCACGGUAUAGUGUGUAUCCGUUAUCGCGUGCUGGGUCUCGCCGUGAAUCUGGUCCUGGCGGUGGUGCCGUACAUGUGGCUGGAGAGCCGUCUCGCCCGCCGCGGCAAGACACUGGCGCCCUUAUGACCAGGCGACUCGACCGCGAGCGAGCGCGGGUCCACCAGCGUCGAGACGGCGACGACGACUGAGAUUAGACAUCGGGGGGACUGAGAACGAGCCGUUCCAUCCGGCACCACGGUAAAAUCGUGGACCGGGAUACCGAGACGCGGUAGCCGCAGGAGCAGCGGCCUGACGACGCAGGAAUCGCAACAGCAGCAGCAACCGCAGCAGCAGCAACCGCAGCAACAACAGCAGCAGCAGCAGCAGCAGCAGCAACAUCAGACGCAGGUCGGCGGCGCGACGUUAAAAGUCAAGACGCGGCGUAGGGCGAACAGCGUUGCAUUCGCCUGCCGCACCGACUUCGGUCUGCCCGACGACAGCGACGAUAAUAAUAGCCCGCCAAAGAACCCGGUGCUGCUCAUCGCGGAACCUGAACGUCGCAGGAGCGCCAUCGAUACGGUGCUCGAAGGAUCGAAGGAGCGCUCCUCGAUCUUCACGCUCUCGUGAGGAAGGCGUCCUCUCGCGAACGCGCUAAUGCCCAAGCGUCAUCGUGUCCUUAGAUAGACGAAAUGAGAGCAUGCUACCGUGCCGAGUGCUACGUUUCAGUGCGAUGCACUUUGGAUAACGCGCCGGAGAUGCAAUCUCUUUCUUUCUCUCUCUCUUUCUUCCUCCGUCUCAAAAACGGAGCUUGGACUCCCAUACAGCACAGUAUUGCAAAAACAUUGCAAAAUAUUGCUACUAAUGUUUCAACAAUAUUGUAACAACAAUAAAAUGUCUGCUUUAGAAAUAUUGAUACGUAAUGUUGCAGCAACGUUAAUACAAUAUUAUAUAUGUUGCUGCAACAUUACGUAUCAACAUUUCUGAAACGAACAUUUUACCAUGAAAUAUUGCAGCAACAUUUUGCAAUGCUUUACAAUGCAGAGCUGUACAAGAUAUUAUAAAACUUGAAGAACAAAGUCACAUGCUUUGGCGAGAGAAAAACAGAGAGAAAGAGAGAAAGAGACACCUCUCUUGAGCUUGUGCUUGCGGCUGAAGAUCCGAGGUAGUCGCGAGAGCGUGUAAUUCAGUGUGUACCGAGGUGUGCAGCCUCAACGCGAUAUCCGGUGUAUCUCGUGUAAGCAUUGCAAGCUAUAUUGCAAUGUCCUAUUUAGCACCCGACUCUCGGGAAGAGAGCUCUCCGUCUCACCGUCUCUCUCUCGCUUCCCCGCGAAUUUGGAGCGAGGACGGCGACGAUCGAUGGACGCUUUAAAGCUCUCGCCAGGCGCGCGUUCGAGCCGCGAUUAAUGAGGAUCGCUCUUCCGAAGCUGGAUGGAACGGCUGUGUAUGACGGACUCUAUGUGCAUACACGUGUAUGUACAUUGUACACAAAUACGCUUUCCCGCUACGGUGCGAUCGAUGCACACGACUGAAUAGCGGGGGAAACUAAGCGCGCGUAUACACGUGCACACAUACGUAAAUCUACAUAUAUCGUAUUCUAAUAUCGAGCGUACCGUUUUGUAUCACUCGAACGAAUCGCCGUUUGACGUAACGAAACGUCGAGAUGUACCUGAUGUCUUUCAAGCCAAGCUACACAAGGUAUAGUCGCCUCCCUUCCGAUAUAAAUGUAUAUGUACAUAUAUAUAUAUACACGUAUACCCUUACAUACACACACCCCUUUGUCUAUUGUAGAUGCUCGUGUACGAGCCUUGCGGGCGCAUCGAUUUUUUUGAAAGCGAAACGACUCCUCUCCUUUUGUAUACCGAUCUCAUGCGAAAUGACACGCGCGCGUGCACCGAGCUCUAAGUCGGAUUCACGAUCUCAGCAUCGAGGUCGAAGACAGAUCGACGCCCAGAUGAGGCGAAUCCAGCGUUAAUUGUAAGCGCCUUUAACGAUUUUAUUAGAUAUCGUGACAGUUUGACUAAGAUUUUUUUAUGACUAUAAUUCGUCGACGAGAAUCACGUGUGAUGACGAUGACGGGGAGGACAUUCUCCCUCGAAUAGACUACCAAGGGUGACCUGUUUUUUUUUUUUUUUUUUUUUUUAGGAUAAGAAAAACGACGAUGCGGCCAUUCGCGCGGCGAAUCACAGAAAUACGCCCAUUUACAAGACAUUUAGGACAUCCCUCCCUGAUUGUGUUAACGGCAAUCGUGAUCGUCUCCCGGUUCGCAGAUCGUCAGUUGACAUUUUUGUUACGGAUCUUAGAAGCUAAGCAAUGCGAAACUGUAAUCGCGUAAAGUUUAAGGGAGAUUAAUAAGUGUUAUCUCGUUUAAUGUUACAAGUGUAGGCGAGUCGAAUGUUAAAUUAGAACGAUUGGGGGUAACAUAUCACUGACAUACAUCAUCCGGCGGAAACGGAGUCUGGUUUUCAUAUCCCUCCCCAUGACGGCGACGUAGCGUAUUGUUUGUACGACGACCGUCGUGAAUGCGGUGAGAGCGCAUUGACGGGGUAACACUUUUUGCGUUAAAAGAAAACAAUUUCAAGAUUCCUUCGUACGAAAAAAAAAAAAUCGAUAAAUUUUAUCCCCCCUUUUUUUCGUCUCAUGAUUCACAUGGCACUUUCGUCACCCAAUUAGAUUUAUGUAAACAAUAAUUUUAAACCGGAAAUAGGUAAUUAUGUUUAGAUUAGCUCUUAAGAUACCAUCAAGGGUAUUCCGAGUCGGACUUGCAGUUUUUCGAAAUUUGAAAGGUAAUUCAAUUACAUUACAUUUUUUUUUCCUAAAAUGAAGUAUAAACACAUUCUAAAAGCUUGAAAGUAUGUUCACAAGUUUUUACAUAUUUUUUAAAAUAACUCUAAGUAGUUAAAAAAGUUAUUUAAAUAAAACUGAUUUAUGAUGGUAUCUUAAAGGUUAACAAUAGUUUUACGAAUCAGAAAUGAAACAUGAUUCGAUUGUGUACUUCUAGGAGAAAUUCUAGGAGCCCCCUCCCUUCUCCCUGCUUCCGUCGGCACGAACCUAUCCCAUUUUACGGUAAAGUUUUUUAUGCCCCUCAUACAUGUUUUCCGAUGUUCGAGUUAAUCGUAUUACGCUUGAUCGAGAGUAAGAAUCGCAGGACGACGAUGGGAUAAAAAGAGAACGAAGAACGCGAGGUUCCGAGGAAGUGUGAAAGGAAAGAAAAACCGCUAGGACGCAAAAAAAAACUCGCAGAUAAAUCUCCGUACUUUUUACUCAGCAAUAAACUUGCUCACUUCCGGUUCGUCGAGGAACAUGGCCGAUCGCCCGAGGGGCGAGAGGAAAAACAGGGGCUAUCUGAGGGAGGGAAAAAGAGGAAACGACAAGAACGUUCAGUGUCCUAGCGAGGCGCGGCGGAAGGAAUGUAUAUCGUCAGUGGCAUUGGGGAAAGGCAUAUAUUAUCUGUAUUUCAUGAAAUAAUAAAUAUUAUCUUAUUUUA